CCCUCUGCGAAGCGGUCAGGGGUGCUGUUGCGGGGGCUCCUCCAGGGUCCUCCCCCUGCAAGAUCUGGGUGGCUUUUGAGGCCAUUCAUUUAAUUGAGGAAGAGUGGGCUGUGCCGGAUCCCGACCAAAGAGCCCUUCACAGGGAAGUAAUGGAGAAGGAUUUUGGAAAUCUAGACUCUCUGGCAGCUGAUAUGUGGGACAACAAGAAUGAGGAAAAGUCCCAUGGAGGAUUGUUUGGAGUUGAUGGAUGGGAAAAGAGGGUACAGCAGAGAAUGAAAACAGAAGCAAAACAAAAUACAAGGCAUGGUUGUUCUUCUUCUCAGCAUAGUGAGGUCUUUAAAAACAAAAUCCAAGAAAAAACUGAGAAAGAGAGAGAAGGAAGGCUGUAUCCGGUGAGUUGGAAUAGUUUCAGUUCAGAACCAAACUUCCUUCCUCUGUAUGAAAUGCGCACAGGAGACAAACCAUAUCAAUGUUUGGAGUGUGGAAAGAGCUUCAGUAAAGUUUCGCACCUUACCCUACAUCAAAGAAUUCAUACAGGGGAAAAACCAUAUAAAUGCUUGGAGUGCAAAAAGUGCUUCAGCCGAGCUGACAGCCUAACAAUGCAUCAAAGAACUCACACUGGAGAGAAACCAUAUACGUGCUUGGAGUGUGGAAAGAGCUUCAGUGGGAGUGGAAACCUUAGUACACAUCAGAGAAUUCAUACAGGGGAGAAACCAUAUAAAUGUUUGGAGUGUGGAAAGAGCUUCAGUGCGAGUGGAAGCCUUAGUACACAUCAGAGAAUUCAUACAGGGGAGAAACCACAUAAAUGCUUGGAGUGUGGAAAGUGCUUCAUCCAAUCAUCAAAGCUUACUUCGCAUCAAAGAACCCACACUGGAGAGAAACCAUAUGAAUGCUUGGAGUGUGGAAAGAGCUUCAGCCAAGCUUCACAGCUUACUUUGCAUCGAAGAAUUCAUACAGGGGAGAAAUCACAUAAAUGCUUGGAGUGUGGAAAGAGCUUCAGUGUAAGUGGAUCAUUUGCCAUCCAUCAAAGAACUCACACUGGAGAGAAACCACAUAAAUGCUUGGAGUGUGGAAAGAGCUUCAGCCAAGCUCCACACCUGACUUUGCAUCAAAGAAUUCAUACAGGGGAGAAACCACAUAAAUGCUUCGAAUGUGGAAAGAGCUUCAGUGCUAGUGGAACUCUUAGUACACAUCAGAGAAUUCAUACAGGGGAGAAACCAUAUAAAUGCUUGGAGUGUGGAAAGAGCUUCAGUGCAAGUGGAAAUCUUAGUACACAUCAGAGAAUUCAUACAGGGGAGAAACCAUAUAAAUGCUUGGAGUGUGGAAAGAGCUUCAUCCAAUCAUUAAAGCUUACUUUGCAUCAAAGAAUUCAUACAGGGGAGAAACCAUAUGAAUGCUUGGAGUGUGGAAAGAGCUUCAGUGUAAGUGGAACCCUUAAUACACAUCAGAGAAUUCAUACAGGGGAGAAACCACAUACAUGCUUGGAAUGUGGAAAGAGCUUCAGUGGGAGUGGAACCCUUAGUACACAUCAGAGAAUUCAUACCGGGGAGAAACCACAUACAUGUUUGGAAUGUGGAAAGAGCUUCAGUGCAAGUGGAAACCUUAGUGCACAUCAGAGAAUUCAUACAGGGGAGAAACCAUAUAAAUGCUUGGAAUGUGGAAAGAGCUUCAUCCAAUCAUCAAAGCUUACUUUCCAUCAAAGAAUUCAUACAGGGGUGAAACCAUAUAAAUGCUUGGAGUGUGGAAAGAGCUUCAGUGUCGGUGGAAACCUUACUAAACAUCAAAGAACCCACACUGGAGAGAAGCCGUUUCAAUGUUUGGAGUGUGGAAAGAGCUUCAGUCAAGCUUCACACCUUACUUUGCAUCAAAGAAUUCAUACAGGGGAGAAACCAUAUAAACUAGCUGGCCUAGGCACAGAACAUCUGCGCUUCUAGUUCUCCCUUUUUUCUCCCCCCUCCUUCCAACCCUCCCUCUCGGCCCUCCCCCCUCUCCUCAGCCCCCCCUCCUUGGCCCUCCCUCCUCUUCUUCCCUCUUUCUUUGCAUCAAAGAAUCCACACUGGAGAGAAACCGUAUGAAUAAUUGGAAUGCAAAAAGUACUUCAACCAUGCUGUCAGCCUAACAGAACAUCAAAGAACACACAGUGAAGAGAAACCACAUAAAUGAUUGUAAUGUGGAAAGAGCUUCCGUCAUAGUGUGGAACUUACACUAUGUGUACGUGUAGGACUUACACAUAGUCUAGGACUUAUACUUCAGAGAAUUCAUACAGGGGAUAAAUCAUAUAAGUGCUUGGAGUUUGGAAAGAGAUGUGGUGUUGGCCACUAGUUUGGAUGGCUUUAAGAGGGUUUUUGAUAACUUCAUGGAGGAGAGGUCUAUCAAUGGCUACUAUUUGGAGGGCUUUAGGCCACCUCCAGCCUCAGACAGGAUUCCUCUGAAUACCAGUUGCAGGAGAGUAACACAGCAGGAGAGAGGACAUGCCCUCAAUUCCUGCCUGUAGGCUUCCAGUGGCAUCUGGUGGGCCACUUUGUGAAACAGGAUGCUGGACUAGAUGGGCCUUGGGCCUGAUCCUGCAGAGCUGUUCUUAUGUUCUUAACUUCAGCCAAAGCUCACACUUUACUUCACAUCGAAAAAUUCAUACAGGGGAGAAACAUUAUGAAUGCUUGUAAGGUGAAAAAAUCUUCAACGUGAAGAGCAAUCUUACUGUACAUCAAGGAACUCACACUGGAGAUAAACCAUACAAAUGCUUGUUGUGUCAAAAGAGUUUUAAUGACAGCCUAUACCUUAUGAUAGAUCAAAGAAUUUUCUUUCUUUCACUCUUUCUCUCUCCCUUCCUGAGUUAACUGAUCUUGUUCAUCUUGUUUCCUCAUGUAAUUCACACAACGGCAGCCUCCUCCUGUUCUUUCCUCCCUCACGACCCCUUCUCUUUGCAGACCUCUGCCCACUAUCCUUUUAUAUAUAGAGAUUCCUCUCCUCUAUCAUCAAGAACAUCUUCUGACCAGUAACAGUUGCAUUCCAACUGACUUUAACCAUCACAGGCUCCUCCCCACUAUCUGCAUCUGGAAUCCCCACUGCCCAAUCACCAUGGUGCCACAGGCUAUUCCUUUGCCCUAUCUGUAUAUGGAAUCCCCACUGCCCAGUCAGGUGCUUCUACUCGCGAACUCUUGCAAGAGCUGCCACACACGGGAUUAGCCAUGGUUACGCCUUAGAGAAUUAUAUAUAUAGAUAAGCAAUAAUAAUUAACAUUUUAUUUUUAGAAGCUGCAUUGUGCUCCAGAGAUUGCUGGACUACAAUUCCCAUCAUCCCCACUACAGUUUAUUGUGGCUGUGGAGGAUGAGAGUUGUAGUUCAGCAACAUCUGGAGUACCACAGGAACUCCUGCAAUUGAACGGAGACAAUUACAAACAAAGGGAAAGCCAAGACAGUAGUUAAACAAGAUGGGAUGGGGAAAAACACGUUCUCAAAAUCUGCUUAAACAAAUUGAGGUAUGAACAUCUGGAACUACCUUAUAUGGAUUCUGAUCAUCAAUCCUUCAAGUGCAGGACUCUGAUUGGCAGUAGCUUUCAGGCUCAGAGAGAGCUUUUCCAGCCUUGCUUCUUCCUGAGAUCCUUUAAAUUUGAGUAAACAGAAAUGCCAACUACAUGCUGCUGAUUAGGGCCUGUUUUUGGACCAUGCUGGACUGGAAGCUCAUACUGAAAAGGAACAAUGGACUAGAAUAGGAACCAAAUGAGUUAAAGGGGAAGAUCCAACAUCUUGCUGUAUAUUAUGGCACUCUAGCAGAGAAGCCAUACUCAGGCUAACUCUGCUUGGAAGGAGAAAUUGCCUCUGCUUCUGGGCAAGAGUGAGGCACAGCUUGGUAACAUUUAGCCAAAGAGAACUUGAAGAUGAGGCCGCUAAUACAGCUUGGGGUCACAGAUCUUGGAAUGCUUGUGAGGAGACGACUGGAUGACCCAUUCCAUUUGCUCCUUGUCAAGGUGGUACCUGGUACCUUACCACAGGAUAAAGAAGUACAAGGCCUAACAAGGCCUGUCAAAAGUGGAAGAUUGGAUUUUUUGAUGUGAUCCAGGUGGCCAAAUCAACACAGGAUAUUAGCUUUCUAACUACUAUGGAAAUAGGGAAUGCAAAGAACCAAUAAGAAGCCUGGGUGCAACAAGUGGAAACCAAUCAGGGCCUAAGAAGAGAAAAGGGAGAAGUUUGGGUUUUGGAAUAUAAAAAUGUAAAAUCAGCAGGAAAACAGGGAUUUCCUCCCACUUUGUUCCCUUACAUAUUACCUUUUCCUUCUUGCACAUUUCCCUUUUGUUUCUCUUGGACUCUCUCUCUCUCUCCCUCGCUGUCCCAGAUGCCUUGUCUUUCAGAAGGGUCUUAGAUACAUUUAGUAUAGAAAAGGAUUAGGGGACAUCACUCUCAAUUGUAGCUUUACAUGCCACACAUGUUAUGCUUCUUAGAAUGUUAUAGUUUGCUUAUGCUUGUAUUUUAUGUAUCUCUUGCCACGCAUUUACCAUUCUAUAUUCCAUAAGUCUAUGAAUAAAAAGUUUAAGCUUUAAAAGGUGUGGUCAUUGAAUUUGGGGUGAGAUCAUAUGAAAAGACUUCUGAGACAUUAAAAGAACCAAUUUUUCACAUGUCAUCACACAUCAUUGUUUAAUUAAAAGAGGAAAGAAAGCUUGCACAUCAUACUAAAACAACUUGGAACCUUCUAGAAAUGAUUUCUUGUCAUAUAUUUUAAGUGUACUACAUAGAUGAGAAUUUUACCUCCUGAUAUUAGAUCUCAAACUCUACCUAGCGAAACAUUCCAUAUUUUUGAUCACAGCUGUGUAAUCUGUGGCAACAUUGUUCUUCAGACAAACCCCAAAACAGCCUUGUAUAAAAUGCCUCUGAGAAAAAACCCAACAUAUUCUAAUGAUGCUGCUUAAUGACAAUAAGAGACACAGGUGGUGCUACUACUUUCAGAAUGCAGUCAUUUGAUAACAAUUCUUUAAUUGUAUCAAGAACCUCAAGCUCACAAAUGGGAGAUGUCUGAACAAAAAUCUGUUUGAUACAGCAAUGAUACAUUACCCCAUGAAUGCAAUGUAGCUGAAAUCUGAAGGCACAUGCUGAAAGGAUUUGUAUUUAAAUUAUUUUUACACUUUUAUCCCACUCUUCCCCCAAAGAGCCCAGAGCAAUAAGCAUGGUCAAAUUUUUUCCUCACGACAACCCUGUGAGGUAGGUUAGGCUGAGAGAUCAGUGACUGGCCCAGAGUCAACCCAUGAGUCUCAUGGAUGAAUGAGGAUUUGAACUCUGUCUCCCUGGUCCUAUUCCAACACUCUGCCACUACAUUAUUAUUCUC